CUUCUUCGGCUCUUCGGCUCUUCGGCCCUUCGGCCCUUCGGCCCUUCGGUUCGCCGGCGUUCGCUGUUGCUGGGCCCUCCCCGGCCUUCCGCACCGCUCUAAAGCUUAGUUCUCCUUGUUUAAUUUCCUCUUUUUUCUCAGACACUUCCGGGUCCUGCGUCGCUCCGGAAGCCCGCGAGUUCCGGAAGCCUGGGUAAUCCAGGUUCUGCUAGCAGAAGUCAGGCUUCCCAGAGAAUGUUUCAGAAAAAGUUACGUGGAACGGGGGCGUUUCUCAGACUCGUAAGAGCUCUUCCUUCUUAACUGCCUGUCAAUAAGAGACCUUCAGAGAAGACAUGGCUUCCAGAGAAGAGAAGACAAAGAGGACAAACAGAGUGCUAAGAAUAAGUCAGUUGGAUGCACUUGAACUAAACAAGGCCCUGGAGCAGCUGGUCUGGUCCCAGUUUACUCAGUGCUUUCAUGGAUUUAAGCCAGGGCUGUUGGCCCACUUUGAACCAGAGGCGAAAGCAUUCCUGUGGCUCUUCUUGUGGCGCUUCACCAUCUACUCGAAAAAUGCCACCGUGGGACAGUCCGUUUUGAAUAUACAGUACAAAAACGACUUUUCCCCGAAGCAGAGGUACCAGCCACCGAGCAAGAAUCAGAAGCUGUGGUAUGCUGUGUGUACAAUCGGUGGCACGUGGCUGGAGGAGCGCUGCUACGACCUCUUUCGAAACCGUCAUCUGGCGUCAUUUGGGAAAGCCAGGCAGUGUGUGAACGUCAUGGUUGGACUUUUGAAAUUAGGUGGGCUGAUUAACUUCCUGAUUUUCCUUCAGAGGGGCAAGUUUGCAACCUUGACAGAACGUCUCCUAGGCAUCCGUUCUGUAUUUUGCAAGCCCCAGAGCGUGCGUGAAGUUGGCUUUGAGUAUAUGAAUAGGGAACUUCUCUGGCAUGGUUUUGCUGAGUUUCUGAUUUUUCUCUUACCACUUAUUAAUAUCCAGAAGUUGAAAGCUAAGUUAUCCUCGUGGCGUAUUCCUCUGAUUGGUGCUCCUAACGGUGACAGUGCCUUAGCCACCAGCGGCAAACAGUGUUCUCUGUGUGGAGAGUGGCCCACCAUGCCUCACACCAUAGGAUGUGAGCAUAUCUUCUGUUACUACUGUGUUAAGAGUAGUUUCUUAUUUGACAUGUACUUUACGUGCCCUAAGUGUGGCACAGAGGUACACAGUCUGCAGCCACUGAAGUCGGGAAUCGAGAUGUCAGAAGUGAAUGCUCUUUAGAAACUAAGACUGUGUCCUCUGAGGAAAACUGUAUUGUCUUUAAGUCCUUAAUAUUAGUCAUGCUAAGCAUACCGUUCAGGUGUUUUUUUCUGAGGGGAGGUGCUUCUCUGCCACUGUCUUCUGUUCCUUUCCAGGCAUGACUAAAUUCUAAUCACUAGAAACCACAUGAUUCUAAAUACAUUAUGUAAACAAUAAUGUACUACUUUCUCUAAAUCAUUGCAUUCAAUUUUUAGUGUUGAGAGGAGUGGACAGUUUUUGUCAGUAUACUAAAAAUGCUCUCUCAUUUUGCUACUUCCUGGAAAGAGGUUAGAUUCUAAAACAAUUUUGGAGACUCUGGGGUGAGUGUGUAUUUAUUUUCAGAGAUGGCGUUGUAACAUCAUAAUCUGACAUUGAUAAAGCCCUGUUGUUUUAAACCUUAGGAUCUGAUGCCCCAGUUGUAAUUUUAAGCUUUUCUUUAAAACCCGAUUGUAGGGGGUUCGCUUGGCUUCAUUCGCAGGCAAAAUGAAGGCCACCGGAAGCUCUAGGCUGAUGUUCUGCCAACUUUCUGAUCCGCCUGAAGUGAGGGCUUCCUGCCUAAUAGUUCUCGCGAAGUCUAGGACUCACUGUCAUUGGUCUGCCUGGGACUAUGUCCACAUUUGUGAACCAGGAUAGAAAACUACUACUCUUGAUUACUCAGACGUGGGUGACAUCCUCACGUGUGUCACAUGGACCCGUAGUAGGAGAGUAGGCAGUUCACCACAGGAAACUGAAGUGGCUUUGAAAGAAUAGUGGACAUGGGGUAGGUAAAAACAACAGAUCCCUAUUAGAGUUUACAUUUGCCCUUUUUACCAAAAGUCUGCAUGCAGUUUUUAAUUUUACCGGUGAUCUAAGUUGAUGAGGACAUAACUGAAUGAUUAACUUACUAGAUUGCAGAUUUGAAAGGAUUAAAUAAAUAAAGUCAACACAUUUUGUUAUAAUAACAAUUUGGUUACAGUGUUAUUUUGGUAAAGUGUGUUCUGAGUAGAUGCCCGUACUAUCAUAAUUUUAACAUGAAAAUAGUAUUUUACAUAUAUGCUAACUAAUAGAGUUGUCAAUAUUAUGGGGUUUUGUGUUUUUCCAGACACUAAUGGCAGUACAAUGUAUUUUUUUAAUUUUUUAUUGUUAUUUAACAUCUCCCACCUCACUAAGUGAUUACCCACAUGGAGUCAGGGAGUAUGACUGUUUUGCUCAUCACUGGAUAACAUACCUCUCCAAUAGAGACAUUCUGUUAGCUGAACAACAAAACCUAAUAAUCACAGAUCGGGUUUUGUAGAAGCAGAUGUUGCAGGGGUUUUGAAGUUCUUUGGCCUGGAUUGGGCCGAAGUAGUCUGACCUUCUUACCUACACCUCUGGGUCACUGGCCAUGGGCUUCUCUGGGAAGGGUGUGGCCUAGAGCAUGGCGCCUCUCUGCAGCUGAGGCAGACCCUAAAGGAGCUGACCCCAUCCUCCAGCUGGGCAACAGAUCCAUCCUGGGAAGAGCUGGGUGUCCAGCCUAGUGUUUACCACACCUAAUACUGUCUCUCCAUUGUUUUCCUUCAUAGUUUUCCAUUUUUGUUUUUCUUGCUUGCAAGCAUGCAGACAUCACACAAAUGGCAGGUAGCCGUUCAACUUAAAACCAUUGGGUUUAGGACUGACUUGUGCACUCAAGUGCUUCAGGGAACUCCAGCUCACUGCAGAGACCUAGGCCUGCUGGCUAAGUUGCUCUGACAGUCCCAAACCCCAUUCAGUCCCUGCCUCGCUGUGCACUGCCACGAGACUUGCUUUAACAUUGGUGCUUCUAUUCCUGUUCCCCAGUGGUCUUAGGGCUCAAGGUGCAGUAUAACUGGGUCAUAUUUAGCUGCAUGAUGUAUUUCUGCUUUAGCCUCAAGAACCUAACUAUCAUCUGUGAGUAUCUCCCCUUGGGAAGAUGAAAACUUUUACACUAACAUUGUUUUUCCUCUCCCAUGUAACUUGUUCUCAAAUCAGAUUUGCUACUUGUGUAUAUAAUGUAUCCAGUUGCUUCAGUGAUCAUAUCUAAAAUAGGUACCAGUCAAAACUAACCCAAGGCAUGUCCUGCAUCCUUGCUCCCAACAACCCCCACCUCAGAACUCAGUUCUUUAACUCCUCUGAGAUUCAGCUUGAAAUGCUUGCUUCCUGUGAAAUGGACAUUCAGUUAUAUCUACCUUUUAGGACUGUGAUGGGAAUUAAAUAACAUCAUUCUUUUAAAAAUUACUUACGAAGCCCCUACAGGCAUUCUUCUAUAUUCAGAGAUUUACUCAUAAAUAAAAACCCCUGCUCUCAUAGAGUUUAUAUUCAUGGAGGAAUAAUAGACAAUAAAGACAUAUGGAAGAUCGUUUCAGAUGUUGGAAGUACUCUGAAGUAUAAAAGAAAUGGAGAGUGACAAGGGAUUCUGUUUUAAACUGAAUACUCAUGGAAGGCCUCUCUGAGGAGUUGAAGUUUAAAAAGACAUCAGAAUGAGCUGAGGGAAAAAGCCAAGUAGGGGACAGGUGCUGGGAUAAAGAUAGGGCAAGUGCCCAAGCUCCUAGAUGAGAGUCCAUUCCUGGUUGAGGAACAGUAAGAAACAGAGUGACAAGAGAGAGGGGUAGGAGGUGAGUGAGGUGAGGGGGCCCAGGGUCAGGCCACGCAGGCCGUAGUGAAAAAAAUACCUGGAUUUAUUCCAAGUACGAGGAAGCCACUGGAAGAUUUUAAGCAGAGAAGUUACAAGUUGAGAUUUUUAAAGGAUCCCUGUCAUUAAUCUAUGGAGAGGUAUGAGGAAAAGCCAGAAAACCUAGUCAGAGUCUACAGCAAAUAAUCAUUUGGUAUGAACAAUAGUUAUUAUUAUUUCCAUUAGGUUUGUGGUACAUUAACAGUGUCACUAUCUGAACUGGUCAGGAACCUGGAAGUAAACAAAGCUGUAGGAAACCAAAAUACAUUUUCAUGGAUUCCACACAGCAAAGCUCUACUCGAGGUAUUUCCUUGAGUCCCCAUUUAGAAGCUGCUUUAUUUUGAAUAGAAUUCUAAUGAACUUUCAACAACAGAAGAAAAUAACAGGUAAGAGGGAGGGAGAAGACUGAUGAAAGCAAGCAUGUUCACAGUAAUAAAUAAUUAAAAAAAAAAAAACAAAAAAACUUGUAUCAGUGAACAACAACAAACAAAAAAACCCUAUAAUCUGGUGGCAGAGCAGGGACACACAGGCUCUGAGGACCAAAUGAAUAAUUAUAAUAGUUUAAGAAAAUGACCUUGGAUCAUCAAGUAUACCUUAUAUUCUGUAUAAUUUGGUUAAGAAGGCAGGGACAUUAGUAUUCUUAUAUUUGAGGAUGCCUUCAAGUUAUGUUGGCACUUACAGGCAAAAACUUAAUUCACUCAGAACAUUUGCUUUUAACAAAAAGCUGUUUUUCCUAACAGCACUUAACAAGUGAAGUGUUACUGAAUUAAGAUCUUUUCAGCAACAGAACAAUUCCAAACACAUUUUUUAGCCAAACCAGUUGGCCAUAUUAUCUAUAGAACUGAUGCUCCAUGGUUCUCUCCAGCUAAAACUAGUAGAUAACAGCACGUUUAUAUUCAUCACAAGUAAGUUGACAAGUAUUUCGCUUGUAUGUCUGGGGUUUUUAUUGCUUCAAAAAGCAUUAAAUCGUGAAAUAAGACACUAUGCCUUCAUGUUUCCAAGUAGUCACUUGUUUUCUCUUGAUAUUUUUGAGAAAAAGCUGAUGAUUUGAAAAUGUCAUUUUUCUUGAAAGUAAGCAUCAUUAUCAUUUUGUCCAAUGGCCUUCAUCGAAUACUGCCUUGAGUUGUUUUGUGGCAAUUAGGACAAUUCAAACAAGAUUAAUAAUACGGGUAACUCCUGAGGCCAGAAAAUCCAAAAGCAUGGUAUUCAAUAGGUAGUUCACUUUCCUUCUCAUUAGUAAUAAUUUCUCACUAACAGAUUCAACCCAUCCAUUGCUGAUAUUCCAGAGCCAAUAAAACUGAAAUCUGUUAAGUAAAACUGAUUUUAAAAUCAAAUGGAUGUGGACAUGUUUAUAUGCAUCGACUUUAGAAUUUAUCUCAAGGAAAUGGUAAGAAUUUGGAUAUAGACUUAUUGAAAUGAAUUUCACCAUAGCAUGAUUCAUAAUAAACAUGGGAAGCAGCAAAAAUGCUUAAUAAUAGGGAAAUAAAUAAAAUAGUAUAGCCAUUUAAUUGAUUCAAUGUCAUAUAUAAGUACCUUGCAAAAUUUGUGCAAAAUUAUAUUAAAUGGGAAAAGUGCACACAAUGUAAUACUGAAGGAAGUUGGAUAUUAAAUAUGAUCUCUCAACACCCAUAUCUGUAUCUUGAAAUGAGACAAACAGACACUUACCAUGAGCUAAUAAGCAGACACAUAUGUAUAUUACAAUAAAUGUCUUAGGGUAAUUCAACUAUUCAUUAAUCUUUACGUUGUCUUUUAUUUCCCAAAUUUUCUACAUUGAGCAUAUA